AUGGCUUGGAUACCAUUUAUGUCGGUGUUGCUCGCAGUCACGGGGUUUUACCUUGUAUACAAAAUCAUUUUCCACUUCAAAUCUGCGAAACGACUGCCACUACCUCCAGGACCGAAGCCCAAUCUGCUACUAGGCAACCUAAAUGAUCUUCCUAAGCCGGGUGAGCAAGAAUGGUUGCAUUGGCUAAAGCAUAAAGAUCUAUACGGGGGCAUCAGCUCUAUCACCGUAAUGGGCCAACCCUUAGUUAUUCUUCAUGAUGUUCGCUUAGCCUUUGAGCUUUUGGAAAAACGCUCGGCAAAACAUUCUUCGCGGCCAAAGCAGACGUUUGCGGGAGAAAUGUGCGGCUGGGAAAACUCCCUUGGUCUUUCUCCAUACAAUAGCCGAUUCAGAGCGCUUCGUAAAAACAUGACGAAAGUGCUCGGCUCGCAAGUAGCAUCAACCCGUUUCAAUCCCCUGCAGGAAGUCGAGGCCGGGCAUUUUUUACUGCGUGUGUUGAAUGAUCCCGAAAAUUUCACAGAGCAUAUCCGAACAGAGGCUGGCUCAGUCAUUCUCAAGAUUGCGUAUGGAUAUAGCACUGAACCACACAAACCAGACCCUCUCGUGCAGUUAGCAGGUCGAGCUAUGGAUCAGUUUGGCAAAGCUGGAGUACCCGGUGCAUGGUUGGUGGAUGUUCUUCCAUUCCUGAAACACAUCCCAGAGUGGCUGCCUGGUGCCGCAUUCAAGAAAACUGCGCGAAACUGGGGUGACACUCUAACAGAGCUUACUGAAAGGCCGUAUGCUUUUGUCAAGCACCAAAUGGCUGCCGGCGUCCACGAACCAUCAUUUUUAUCCCAUCUUUUACAGCAACCGAUAACAAAUGCCGAGGAACUCUUCACCGUAAAAUGCUCUGCCAUGUCUCUCUUCGCGGCCGGUGCCGAUACAACUGUCUCGUCUCUUGCUUGCUUCUUCUUAGCAAUGACUAAGUUCCCUGAAGUUCAGCGAAAAGCACAGGAGGAGCUAGAUCGGGUUGUGGGCACUACCCGACUACCUCUAAUCGGUGACCGUGCAAACUUGCCAUAUAUUGAUGCAAUAGUUAAGGAAAUUCUUCGAUGGCACCCUGUUGCGCCUAUGGGCUUGCCACAUAUGACGACAGAAGACGAUGUAUGUGAAGGUUACUUUAUUCCAAAGGGGUCAUAUAUUAUGCCAAACGUAUGGUUCUUUACCCAUGACCCAUCUGUAUAUAAAGAGCCCAUGACAUUUAAGCCAGAGAGGUUUCUAGCCACAGAUGAACAUCCUAUUCCCGAACCAGACCCUCACGCAGUGGCUUUUGGUUUCGGCCGUCGCAUCUGCCCUGGCCGACUACUAGCCGAUACAUCUCUUUACAUCAAUGUUGCCCAGUCUCUCGCUGUGUUCAGCAUUAGUAAGCAUGUGAACUCGAAAGGACUGGAGGUUGAGGACAUUAUGAAUUUCCAGCCCGGCGUUGUCAGUCAUCCAUCUCCGUUCAAGGCUACGAUCAAGCCACGGUCUGCAGACCACGAAGCUUUAAUUAGGAAUAUUGAGAAGAUUCACCCUUGGCCGCAAAGCGAUGCUAAGGUUCUGGAGAAUGUCAACUUUAGGUAG